GUAGGAUAUGAAGUACUGGUAUUCUGCAGACUACGUAGUGCACUACAUGUUCAAUAAAACGAGUCAGGCUUUGGUAAAGAAAACUGUUCGCUCAAUGCGUAAACAUCGCAAGGAGAGAUGAAUGAGGACGCGUUUGAGGUCCCUGAAAGGAACGAGUAUCGCUACCUCGUUCAGGAUGAGGCUGAGGAGGAGGUCCAAUAUGUCCGCCGCUACUACGUCAGCCCGUUCCUGCAAGUGUCCCGCAGGUGUAUGUUUUUGAUUGGCUGUGGCAUUCUCGCCCUUCUCACUCUCGCCGGAUACCUGGCUUACGUGGCCCAGACUCCACCCCAUAGUUACGCUCAGGUGCUUACAGACUGUGGAUGGCUGCAUGGACGAUGGGAAGACAGUGCCUAUUCCUUUAAAGGUAUCCCAUAUGCCGUGCCACCUGUCGGCGAACACCGCUGGCGACCUCCGACAGACCUCAAAGCAAAUGCAAAGUGCUGGGAUGGUGUUUACGAUGCCACACAUUUUCGCAGCAUUUGUGCCCAGGUGCAACCUCUCAGGAAAGAUGGGCGUGUGAUGGGUCAAGAGGACUGCCUGUACUUGAACAUCUGGACACCCAGCCUGCUGCCUACUGCUGGCUUGCCUGUCAUGGUGUGGCUCCAUGGUGGACAUUUGCACAUGCUGAGUGGACAGGAGAAAGGCUACUCACCCACUGAGGAGCUGGCGAGAAGAACACAAACUGUGUUUGUCAGUCUGAACUACAGGCUUAAUGCGUUCGGCUUCAUGGCUCUGGAGCUACUGAGAAAAAGUUCUCCCACCAAUACCUCAGGGAACUACGGCUUCAUGGACCAGAUUCAGGCUCUUCACUGGGUUCAGAAAAACAUCCAUGUGUUUGGUGGAGACCCAAAGAAAGUCACCAUAUUUGGAGAAACAUCAGUAUUGGCUCUGAUGAAUUCACCUCAAGCUAAGGGUCUGUUUCAUCGUGCGAUUGGAAUGAGCUCCUCGUUCGUGUCUAACAGCACGCUGGACUCAGCCGAAAGAGACAACCUUGUGUUCUUGAAGAGAACAGGCUGCCAAGAUGUCACUUGCCUUCGAAAGCUCAACAUAACUCAGAUCCUCCAGGCCAUUCCAUGGGAGGAAUACCCAUCCUGGGCAAAAGAUGGACAAGCAGACAUCCCUGUUAAUGGAAGUUCAUAUGGUCCAGUUGCAGUUUUAGAUGGUCAUGUUCUCAUCACGCAUUCAUUUAAAGCUUGGGAGAAAGGUGGAUUUUAUAAUGAUGUUCCAUUCGUGGUAGGAACAACAGAGCAAGAAACUGACUUCAGUCCACCGAUGAAGAACAUCUCUACCUGGACAUGGGGCGACUACCAUUGGUUUCUAUCAGAGAAUCUGAGGCCAUUUGGUGAUGAUGUGCUAUCCCAGGCCCUGAAGCUGUACAACAGUUCCACUCUAUGUCCAAUCAAUGACCGCUGUCCUGAAAGACUCUAUACUACUUUAGUGUCAGAUAUGCGAGCCAGCUGCCCCAGCAACCGACUCGCCACCCGAGCUGCAGAGGCCUUGAAGAGCCCUGUGUACCGCUACCUGGCGACCUACACACCAUCCAAAGCAGCUGAUUCAUCCACCUGGCUCCCUUAUCCAAGCCGCUUCUCCUUCCACACGAUUGACAGCUUGGCAUUCUUCGGUGGCCUCGAGAUGGCACUCGGCACGAUGACCUCUAAAGACAAAGCGUUUCAGCAAACGCUCACCAAAUACUUCAUCCAGUUCGCAAAAGAAGGUAAAAUGCCAGAGGAUUGGCCAGAGUUCCCAUCCCAGACUGUGAUGCUGAAUGAGACGCUUUCUGUGGCACAGAAUUUAGCAGAGCGAUGCGCUCUGUGGGAAAAGAGCUUUUAUUCAUAUGCCUGGAUCAACUAAUGUGGACACUCACAA